AUGGCCACCGACUCGGGGGACCCCGGCAGCACCGGGGACCCCGAGAAGCCCCACGGGACCCCCCUGGAGGAGCCCCCCAACGCGCCGGAGAAGACGCGGUUCGUCCGGAAGAGCGUGGAGAUGGUGGAGGACGAGCGGGCGUCCCCGUCCGACGGCCGCGGCGAUGCCGGCGGCCGGGAGAAGGCCAAGCAGGAGAUCGAGGAAGAGGCGGAGAUGAAGGCCGUGGCCACCUCGCCCGGCGGCCGCUUCCUCAAGUUCGACAUCGAGCUGGGCCGGGGGGCCUUCAAGACGGUUUUCAAGGGCUUCGACACCGACACCUGGGUGGAGGUGGCCUGGUGCGAGCUCCAGGACCGCAAGCUGACCAAGGUGGAGCAGCAGAGGUUCAAGGAGGAGGCGGAGAUGCUGAAGGGGCUGCAGCACCCCAACAUCGUCCGCUUCUACGACUCGUGGGAGUCCACGCUGAAGGGCAAGAAGUGCAUCGUCCUCGUCACCGAGCUGAUGACGUCGGGCACCCUCAAGACGUACCUCAAGAGGUUCAAGGUGAUGAAGCCCAAGGUGCUGCGGAGCUGGUGCCGGCAGAUCCUGAAGGGUCUCCACUUCCUCCACACCCGCACCCCGCCUAUCAUCCACCGGGACCUCAAGUGCGACAACAUCUUCAUCACCGGCCCCACGGGCUCCGUCAAGAUCGGCGACCUCGGCUUGGCCACCCUCAUGCGCACCUCCUUCGCCAAGAGCGUCAUCGGGACGCCGGAGUUCAUGGCGCCGGAGAUGUACGAGGAACGUUAUGACGAAUCGGUGGACGUCUACGCCUUCGGGAUGUGCAUGCUGGAGAUGGGCACCUCCGAGUACCCCUACUCCGAGUGCCAAAACGCCGCCCAGAUCUACCGCAAAGUCACCAGCGGCAUCAAGCCAGCCAGCUUCAACAAGGUGACGGACCCGGACGUGAAGGAGAUCAUCGAGGGCUGCAUCCGGCAGAACAAGGCGGAGAGGCUCUCCAUCCGGGACCUGCUGAACCACGCGUUCUUCGCGGAGGACACGGGGCUGCGGGUGGAGCUGGCGGAGGAGGACGGGGGCCUCGACUCCUCCCUGGCGCUGCGCCUCUGGGUGGAGGACCCAAAGAAGCUGAAGGGGAAGCACAAGGACAACGAGGCCAUCGAGUUUAGCUUCAACCUGGAGUCCGAUGUCCCCGAGGAGGUGGCCUACGAGAUGGUGAAAUCCGGCUUCUUCCAUGAGAGCGACUCCAAAGCCGUCGCCAAAUCCAUCCGGGACCGCCUGGCGCUGGUGAGGAAGACGCGGGAGAGGAAGCAGGCGGAGGGCCGGGGGACCGUCCCCGAAAGCGAGGACACCGAGGUGGACCAGCACGUCCGGCAGCAGCUCCUGCGGCAGCAGACCCCCGCCACUGAGGCCACCCCACGGGACGUCCCCGGCGUCCCCGACCCCACCACCGCCAAACCCGACCGCAGCCGGCAGCGCCGAGCCUCCUGCCCGCGGCCGGACAAGGGUGCCCGCUUCCAGCUCACCGUCCUGCAGGUCUCGUCCCCGGGGGACAACACGGUGGAGUGCCAGCUGGAGACGCACGACAGCAAGAUGGUGACCUUCAAGUUCGAUGCCGACGGGGACGCCCCCGAGGACAUCGCUGACUACAUGGUCGAGGACAACUUCGUGCUGGAGGCUGAGCGGGAGAAGUUCGUGGAGGAGCUGAAGGCCAUCGUGGUGCAGGCGCAGGGGCUCCUCCGCCCCCCCGCCUCGGACCCCCAGGUGCCCCAUGGGCCCCCCCAGGGCGAAAGCGUCCCCCACUCGUCCCCCAUCGGCCGGUGGAGGUUCUGCAUCAACCAGACCAUCCGCAACCGGGAGGUCCACGGCUUGGGGACAAUCGUCACCGGGACCCAAGAGUUGGGUGUCCCUCAAGGACCGGGGACAAUUGCCAUCGGACCCCAAGAUCUGGGUGUCCCUCAAGGCUUGGGGACAAUUGUCACCGGACCCCAAGAGCUGGACGCACCCAGGGGACCGGAGGUGACAGUCACCGGGCACCAAGAACUGGAUGUCCCCCAAGGGUUGGGGACAAUCAUCACAAGACCCCAGGAGCUGGAGCCGGUUGUCACCGCACCCCAAGAACCAGCUGUCCCCCAAGGCCUGGUGACAAUGGCUACCCAUGCUUGGGACCUCGAUGCACCCAAGGGACCAGAGAUGAUCGUCACUGCACCCCAAGAGCUAGGUGACCCUCAAAUGUUGGGGGCAAUUGUCACUGGUGCUUGGGACCUGGACGCACCCAAGGGACAGGAGGCGAUUGUCCCCAAACCCCAAGAGCUGGGUGUCCUCCAAGGACUGGGGACAAUCGUCACCGGACCCCAAGAGUCGGGUGUCCCUCAAGGCUUGGGGACAGUCAUCAGGGGACCCCAAGAGUUGGGUGUCCCUCAAGGCUUGGGGACAAUCGCCACUGGAGCUUGGGAGCAGGAUGCACCCAAGGGACCAGAGACAAUCGUCCCCAAAGCCCACGGCGAUGACUUGGGUGUCCCCCAAGGACCGGGGACAGUUGUCACCAGUGCUUGGGACCAGGAUGCACCCAAGGGACAGGAGGUGACCGCCACCCACCCCCAAGAGCUGGGUGUCCCUCAAGGACUGGGGACAACUGCCACCAACGCAUGGGACCCGGAGGCACCCAAGGGAGCCAAGACGAUCGUCACCGCACCCCAAGACCUGGAUGCGCCCAAGGGCCUGGAGAUGAUUGUCCCUGAACCCCAAGAGUUGGGUGUCCCUCAAGGACCGGGGACAAUCGUCACCGGACCCCAAGAGUUGGGUGUCCCACAAGGUUUGGGGACAGCCAUCAGUGGACCCCAAGAGUUGGGUGUCCCUCAAGGCUUGGGGACAAUCGCCACCGGACCCCAAGAUUUGGGUGUCCCUCAAGGCUUGGGGACAAUUGUCCCCAGCACUUGGGACCUGGACGCACCCAAGGGCCCGGAGAUGAUUGUCCCCGGACCCCAAGAGCUGGGUGUCCCCCACGGUUUGGGGACAAUCCCCACCGCACCCCAAGAGCUGAGCGUCCCCCAAGAACCGGGGACAACCGCCUCCACCUCUUGGGACCGUGCCGCACCCAAGGGACCCGACGAGCUUGGUCCCCAGGACCCGGAGGAACCCAAGGGCCCCGAGCAGGCCGUCGUGGGUCCCCAAGCCCCCGAUGUCCCCCCCGGGGCGGUGACACCCGUGCCCCCCCCGGCCAUCCUCACCCUGGACCAGCAGCUCCGCACCCUGCUCUACCCCGAGGGCCACCGCGAUGUCCCCAACCUCCGGCCGCCAGUCCCCGGACCCCAAAGAUAUUUUGGGAUCCGAUUCCACUGCCCCCGCCUCAAAAACCCCGUCAGCAAGAAAACGUGGAGCCGGAAAUUAAAAAAUUGGGCCAGCAGCGACGGCGGCGACUCGGAGGACGAGGGGCUGCGGGCCGAGCUGCGGCGCCUGCGGGACAAGCACAUCCAGGAGGCGGCGGCGCUGCGGGCACGGCAGCAGCGGGAGCUGCGGGAGCUGCAGGGGAGGCUGCGAUCCACGGGGGUGCGGGUUUGA